CUCAACCUUAAGGCGAGUAGCAGCGACCAAUCACCAUGCCAUUACAGGCUUCAGAGGAAGCUGUUUAUGUGACUCCAGCGCUAAUUAGGCUCAUGAACUAACAAAUCGCUUGCACAACUGGUGAGGAACCGAUCACAUCCAUGGAUUGUCUGGCGCAGUUGACCACCUUUAUGGCUAUUUGUUGAUUUGUUGUUACUUUGGCUUCUAUUCUUGCUGCACUCUUCGUUCCAAAGUUAUUUAUGCUGACAAACUUUCUCGGUGUGGAGUAGUAACCUAUUUUUUUACGAAGUACGCCUGCACCUCUUAAACUCUAAGCUGGGGAAUCUUGACUAUCAAACCAUGUUUCAACCUACACCGAAGAGGUGUUUUACUAUAGAAUCGUUGGUAGCGAAGGAUAAUCCUCUACCAGUGUCGAGGUCUGAGGAGCCCAUACGACCAGCAGCUCUGAGCUAUGCAAACUCCAGCCAGAUGAAUCCAUUUCUGAACGGGUUUCAUUCCAGCGGCAGGGGCGUCUACUCUAAUCCGGACUUGGUGUUCGCUGAGGCGGUCUCACAUCAGAACAACUCCGGUGUCCCAGUUCAUUCGGUACCACCUCCACACGCGUUGGCUCACCCACUUUCAUCCUCACACAGUCCGCACCAUCUUUUUGCCAGCCAGCAAAGGGACCCCUCAACUUUUUACCCAUGGCUAAUACAUAGAUAUAGGUACUUGGGUCACAGAUUCCAAGGUAACGAAACAAGCCCGGAGAGCUUCCUUUUGCACAAUGCACUGGCCAGAAAGCCCAAAAGAAUUCGGACAGCUUUUUCCCCUUCCCAACUUCUGCGGCUUGAGCACGCAUUUGAAAAAAACCAUUACGUCGUAGGUGCCGAACGAAAACAGCUUGCGCACACCCUUAGCCUCACAGAAACUCAGGUAAAAGUGUGGUUUCAGAACCGAAGAACCAAGUUCAAGCGUCAAAAGUUGGAGGAGGAGGGUUCAGAUUCGCAACAGAAGAAGAAGGGGACCCAUCACAUAAACCGAUGGAGACUCGCAACUAAACAAGGAUCGGGAAGCCCGGAGGAAAUUGAUGUAACUUCAGACGAUUAAAAUACGAAAUUGUUUGAACCUGGGACAGCCGUGUGGCGUGAAGGAUGACAUGGCUAAGGAUGCUGUGUACAGAGAGACAGAGAGAGGGUAAAGCCAAUGUCACAUUUCGAUUCUUCGGAGAUCGGCAGCUGAGGGUGAGAGAUCCGAUUGGUGGCACUGCUGUCACUACCAUGGGUCUGUCAAACCAUAUCAAAUUGCCCAGGCAAAAGUGAUUGACAGUAUCGCAGUCCACCUACCUGACCACCUUCCACGCAUCAACCCACCACUACAAUCUCCCACGAACCACCCAAAAAUUAAUCUCCAAUUCACAUUGGACAUUUGCACUUCUGAAAGUUUCUAAAUAUGAACGUUUCCACUCAAGAUACCAAAAUCCACAACUGUUUUUGUAAAACUUAAAUUGCAUGGUAGACUUUCUGGUAGUUGUUUUAAUUUGAUAAUUUUCUCAAAAACAACUUUGUUUUAACUCUAUUUUCAAUCUCAGAGAUGUUGUGCUUCUUCCUUUUUACAAAGUGUGCAGUCUUUUAAUUAAUGAUUAUCGUGUUAAAGUGAUUGUGAGAACAGUAUGAAGUAGCAGUGCUGCGUUAUAGUGUUUUUAAAGAAAAUGUAUUUCGAAAACUUUAUAAAAGUUUAUCAAACCACAGAUAAAGUACUUAAAGGGAAAGUAUCCAGGACAUUCCUUAAACCUAAAGCUUUACCAUGUCUCCGUUAUUCUGUCACGAGCAUAUUGUCAGGAUUUGACCCUUCCGUGAGAGUUGCCACAAAGGACUAAUGCAAGAAUUGACUGCCGUAGAGGCGAGAAAACGUCAAGCACUGAGCGUAUCCAUGUACAGAGAUACUAAAAGUUAAUGUUUCUGUUAAACCCUCUUUUAUCAGAAUGUAAAUAAUGUUGUGUUUGUGUUAAGUUUGCUACAAUUUUAACACAAAGUAUACUUCCAAGAAGUAUGUAAUUGUUAAUAUUUUGUCAAUAAAGUUUUAUCAAUAUGUUGCGCGCGGAGUAAAAUUAGGGUUUUGAUUUUAGAUCAACUUUCAUAUAUUGACAUUUUAUAAAGAGACCUGUUACGCUCUUCAAUUCAAGCGUGUAUUAUUUAACACUUUUUAUAGGCUAUUGGCUGCCACCAAUCACCCGCUUCAUAUAUCUUGAUUUUCGUCAAACCAGUCUCACAAUUAGCCUAUAUUUGAGAUAGGCCUAUGACUAAUUUUAGAAGAAAUCCAGACAAUGUGGCUUGUUAAAAUGAAUUUAUAAAAUCCAAAAUAAUUUGUCUGUGGCAAGUGCAUGGUUGUUUUUUCCGGUCGUUCAUUUGCUCCUCAGUCUGAUAGACUGCAUUAAUCCGUUUUUAUUUAGAGGGGCAGCGUCUGGUCUGUUCAGGCUACAAAGAGUCCUACGAGCUUUUGUGAAAGUGCAAAUCAGUUUAGGCAAUUAUCAUGCGAGUAAUAUGAGGGGGAAAGGGGAUGCAUUGCCCAGUGGUCCACUUUAAUCUCUUAAUCCGUGGAUCCAAGGGGGCUUGGUUGGACAUAAUUUAGUACAAUCUGACUACCCCUCACGAAGCGAUAAGGGAAGGUUGCAAUGUGCAGCAAAAUGAGAUCUUUGUUUAAAAUCUUGUCUCCGACAGCCAUGAGUAGGAUAUGCGUACACGCGUUCUUCCCACAAAUUGAUCACAAACAAAACAGCGUCAACGCAUGUAUACGCUUUUCCCAUUAGAUGUUUUAGCCUAUUACGCUUGUACGGCAAAAAUACAUUAUAUAUAUUUUUUGGUUGUUUUUACAUCUAAGAGCUUAAUAGAACAACGUCUCUUUUUUUUACAAGUGACUCAAACAUAACAUUUGAUUAUUUAUUUAUUCAGGGAAAACCCAUUGACACCAAUGUCUCAUUCACAAGGGUGCCCUGGUCACAGUAACACACUUAAAUACAACAUGGAAACAAAACAGCCAUCGAUACAAUGUAAAAGAAAAGAAAAAAAUACAGCACAACACAAUUUAAGAAAAACGGUUAUAUUCCUCAACUACAAAAUGUUAUAUUCCUCAACUACUAAAUCCUCAGUCAAUCAUUUAAAUUGCCAUAGCCGCACUAGAACAUCCUAUUGUAAUACGUUUUGUGAAUUGUUUGAGUAGUGAGGUGCAUUAAAAGUAAGAAAGGAUUUACCUAAUUCGGUGGAGAUCCGAGGAACCUCAAGAGUUAACCAACUCUGUGAAAGGGUUUGGUAUCUCGUGUUUUUAUGCUUCAACAACGAAGUUAGGUAAGUCGGAAAGCUUGGGUAGUAGAGUUGUGUAAACAGAAAGGGAAUAUUGAAGUGACCUCCAGGACUUUAAUGGGGACCAGCUAACCUUUUAAUACAUGAUGCAGUGAUGCAGCGUAUUAAAACCGCAACCUGUGAUAAAUCGAAGGGUUUUGGUAGACAGCAUCCAACGGUUUAAGAGUAGUGGCUGCUGCAUUCUGGUAACUGGUGUCACCAUAGUCAAGAACUGUCAGGAAAGUUGACUACAAUAUGCUUCCGGCUGUUUAGAGAGAGGCGUUUAAACUAGCUCAUCAGCAUGUUUUUUUAUAUAUUUUUUUUAUCCUUGCCAAUCCAAAUGCCCAGAUAUUUAUAGGAACCCGAUCAAUGGGUGAACCAUUAAAUGAAUGAAUGCACAUGGGAAAAAUGCACAUCAAAUUGUUUUAAAUGUUGCAAAAUUAAACUGUAUUAUAUUUACA